AGGACGCGGACGAGGAAGCAAGUCUCCCUUCGAAACCAGCUUCAAACAAAGUCUCCUCCUUUGUCGGUUUCUGGUUGAGAGGAUCGACAAGAGGAUCAGGGCUCCUCCCCCUCUCCGACCAUCUCCCAUCUUUCCUCUCCCUCCUCAAAUCUCUCUUUCCCCUUCGAUCCGUCUAUAUCUCACCCUUUUAGCCUUCUCCUUACUUGGAAGUUUUGAGCUUUUUUUCUUUUUUGAGGGGGUAAGUAUUCAGCGUUUUGGGAUGUGUUGAUGGUAAUCUCUUUGAGGCGGAGGAAGAGGAGGCGAUGGGCUCGUGCUUGUCGUGUGCCGCCAAGGUCAGCGGCUCCAACAGCAGCAACGCCUCCGCCGCCGGCGUGCAACAGGGCCAUCCGGCGGCGCAGAACCGACCGGGUAAGCAGCAGGACGCGGCAGGGAAGGUGCCGUAUGGGAAAAGGACCGACUUUGGGUACGACAAGGAUUUCGAGAGCCGGUACGCGAUCGGGAAGUUCCUGGGGCACGGCCAGUUCGGGUACACCUUCGUCGCCACCGAUAAGGCCGGUGGGGAACGGGUGGCCGUCAAAAGGAUCGACAAGAGCAAGAUGGUCCUUCCUGUUGCUGUUGAGGAUGUCAAGCGUGAAGUGAAGAUACUCAAAGCCCUUAAAGGACACGAGAAUGUAGUCCACUUCCAUAAUGCAUAUGAAGAUGAUUCUUAUGUUUAUAUAGUUAUGGAAUUAUGUGAGGGUGGUGAAUUGCUGGAUCGAAUAUUGGCCAAAAAGGAUAACCGUUACACUGAGAAAGAUGCUGCAAUAGUAGUGCGGCAGAUGCUUAAAGUUGCAGCUGAGUGUCACUUGCAUGGCUUGGUACAUCGAGACAUGAAGCCUGAGAACUUCCUUUUCAAUUCGACAAAAAAGGACUCUCCUCUGAAGGCAACAGAUUUUGGCCUUUCAAAUUUUAUCAAGCCAGGGAAGAGAUUCCGUGACAUUGUUGGCAGUGCCUACUAUGUGGCCCCAGAAGUACUGAAACGUAGGUCUGGUCCUGAAUCAGAUGUUUGGAGCAUAGGUGUCAUAACCUACAUUUUGCUUUGUGGAAAGCGCCCCUUCUGGGAUAAAACUGAGGACGGAAUACUCAGGGAGGUGCUAAAGAACAAGCCAGAUUUUCGUCGGAAGCCUUGGCCAAGCAUAAGCAACAGUGCCAAGGAUUUUGUAAAGAAGUUAUUAGUGAAGGAUCCUCGCACAAGAUUGACUGCUGCUCAGGCUUUGUCACAUCCAUGGGUGAGAGAAGGGGGCGAUGCAUCAGAAAUUCCGUUAGAUAUAUCUGUGCUUAAUAACAUGCGCCAAUUUGUGAAGUACAGCCGUUUUAAGCAGUUUGCACUAAGGGCAUUGGCAAGUGCACUAAAUGAGGACGAGCUGGCUGCUCUUCAUGACCAGUUUGAUGCAAUUGACGUGGAUAAAAAUGGUGCAAUCAGUCUUGAGGAAAUGAGACAUGCUCUUGCAAAAGAUCUCCCUUGGAGAUUGAAGGGACCUGAUGUUCUAGAAAUUCUUCAGGCGAUAGACAGUAACACAGAUGGACUAGUAGAUUUCUCUGAAUUUGUCGCAGCAACCGUGCAUGUGCAUCAGUUAGUGGAACAUGAUUCUGAAAAGUGGCAAUCAGUUUCGCAAUCUGCUUUUGAUAAGUUUGACAUGGAUGGAGAUGGAUAUAUCACACCUGAAGAACUUCAAAUGCACACAUAUUUGAGGGGCUCCAUUGACCCACUACUAGAGGAGGCUGACAUUGACAAGGAUGGCAGGAUAAGCUUGAAUGAAUUCCGCCGACUCCUAAAAACCGCAAGCAUGAGUUCACGCAAUGUGCCCAGUCCUACUGGUGUAAGCAACCCUCAAAAGUUGUAGCUCAAAGGGAGACUGUCAGUGAUUGACGAGGGAUGAGUUGAUGCUGUCCCCUAAAUUUAAGGAUUCAUCUUAUGGGUCUAGCUUGCACUUGUUUGCUCAUGUUACCAAUUGCAAUGAACCACCAGAAGAUCCGAAAAGUUUUCAUUUUUAGGAUUGUGCGGAGAGACCAUCUAAGUCAUGAAGAGGGCAGUCACAACCAACUAGGUAAAUGCUUUUAUCAUGUGGUGUUUUAUCUCCACAUAGUUGUACAUUGUGUAUGGUAAGGGGAUUCUUUCAGGUUUCACCAGAAAUGCAAUGUGUGGUUAUGCAGAUAUACUGCAAAUUUGUGUUUAGAAUUGUAACAUGAUCGAGUACAGACUUUUAGAAGAAAAAAAAUAAUGUGUCUUUCCAUUAAA